AUGCAUUCUGCAAUUAAAUCUCUUGUUGAGGAAUGGCUUCGCCUAGAUAAGAAUCCUAUAACACGCUUAGAAAUAGAAAAGCUUUAUGCCGAAGGUAAUGUUGAGGAACUAGAAAAACGCCUUCGCAAAAGGAUAUCGUUUGGUACUGCUGGAUUGCGAUCUAGUAUGGAAGCAGGAUUCUCGAGAAUGAAUGAUCUUACUGUAAUUCAGGCUACACAGGGACUUUGCAUGUACCUUCUUGAUACUAUACCAAAUGCAAUUAUCAAGGGUGUUGUGAUUGGGCACGAUCAUAGAAACAAUUCAGAAACAUUUGCAAGAUUAAGUGCAGCAGUGUUUUUAUCAAAAGGGUUUAAGGUUUAUUUUUAUCGUAAGUUGGUUCACACUCCAUUGGUG